AUGACCCAAAUGCCAGCUCAUGCCACGCAAGGGUACGGUUCCAGGCCGGGAUAUCAAGCAGGAGAUAUCAUUAUUGCCAUGAACUAUGGAUAUAUCUCGAGAGCUGCUGUUUUGAAAGGAAAUGCGCCGUCCAUGAAAAUUUGCUUUCCUUUUGAACGGCCAGCCGAAAACCCAGCGGACGAUGAUUUUGGUGCCAAGAGCAAGCUUUAUCAACCUAUUGGGAAUAAAUCUGGCAACACAACGCAACAACAACAAGAACCAAAGUUUUACGCUGUAAUUGUGUUUCGCACACGAUGGGUGUUUCUCCCGCUUUG